AUGGAAUAUAUUCUAUCGUCUGAAGAAAGUUCAGAUGCCGAUAUCAAGUCACUGCGACAUCAACUGACCGAAUAUGGCUUGAGUGAAGAAAAUUUGAGUAAAGAAGAGAUGACAGACCUUUUGAAAGUAUUGAAAUUUUCAAAAUCUGCAGCCGAAGAUGAAGAAAGACAAAAGAAAGAAGAAAAUACUUCAUUGACAAAAGUAAAAAUGAAAAGAAAAUAUUUGAAUGUCAGAGACAGACGACUACCCUGGAGUCUCUUUCCGAGUGUGACCGCUGCUUCUGAAAGAGCUAGGCUUCUUGUGGUCUAUUUUAAAAUUAUGUCCAUUAAUAAUUAUAGACAAGCUAGACAGUCAGUUAAUCUCGCUGUUUGGCCCCCACCACUACAAAUCCUAGAAGAAACAACUAGGAUUCUCCCACAAAGGUCAACAAGAAGUGGUCGUUCUGUACCCUUAUAUGCAGGACUUGAUGAUGAUUCGUCUGAUGUGGAUUUUGUAGUCACAAAAGCAAAAAAAAGAAAAGCGUCUAAUAGUGAACAUUGUGAUGUCGGAUCAUCCAAUAAGACAAUCAGUUUAAAAAGAAAGAUACAAAAAGAUGAAAAUUUGAGACCUGUUAAAGACGUAAAGUUAAAUUCAAAUUUAAUAAAAGAGGAAAUCGAAGACCAAACAUUAAAAGAAGCUUGCUUACAAAUUGAAGACUGA